CAACUAUAACUAUACAUUAAUCUACUUUUUAUCGCGAAUACAGAUAAUCCCUCCCAAACAAACAUUUUUGGAGUAGGGCAAUACAUAUAUCAAUACUUGUCGCGAGACGCGACAUUGCAUUCCUUAAAUCUGAGUGAUCAACAUAUCGCGUAAGAAAAGUUUAAAUUUCGCGAUCGAGAAUGGCUACUUUGAAGUUUUUAACGCCAGAGCAAAAGCAAUUCUGGCAGGAGAAUGGUUACAUUAAGUUGUCAAACGUGUACUCUAUGAAGGAAAUGAAUGAAAUAUUGGACGCCUAUAAUGAAUUGUUUGAGAGGAAACGUCAAGAAAAUCUGUCGGGCCUGGAGGCUGGCUGGGCUGGAGGAGAUAUGAAGAAACUAGCUGGAAAUAUUGAUUACACUGUAAAGUCUAUUCACAAUCUACAAAUGCACAAUGCCGUGUUCACUCGGGCCAUUACACACCCGAAUUUAUUGGACGCUCUCGAGGAUAUUAUGGACACCAAGGACAUAUUGUUGCAUCAUACCAAAGCGCACAUAAAGCCGCCAGAGAAAGGAGCACCCUACUUGAUGCAUCAAGAUUACCAUUAUUUUCCUUUCAAGAAGCACACUAUGCUGGCUGUGUUUCUACAUUUGGACGAUACAACACCGGAAAACGGUGGUUUGGCGGUAUAUCCCGGCAGUCAUAAGCUGGGACCAUUGGAGGACCAUGGAUUGACUGACGAACAGGGUGAACAGUAUCAUUAUGUUAAUCCUGAGAAAUAUCCUUUGUCCAAAGCUGUUCCCGUAUCUGCCAAAAAGGGUGAAAUUAUCAUCUUCUCUUACUUGCUGCUUCACGGUUCAUAUCUGAACUUGUCCGACAGAAGCCGACGCAUGUUUCUCAUACAAGUGAGGGCGGCUGAUGACGAACCGAUCGAGGAUGUGCACAAGUCUCCUUGCCAGAACUUGAUGCUUCGCGGCAAAAAUAUUUACAGACCUGCAACGAUGGCCAACAGAUUUACGCAUUAAUCUAAUGUAUGACGAAUCUAACAUAAGUGAAUAUUUACUCUACUUUUAAAUUCGAUUGAAUGAAUGAAGAAUGUUUUUGACCAAUUUUUAUCAUUUAUUAAAUACAUAUGUGUAAUGCAUUUAA